CCCGGAAGCGCAUGGCCAGGUGCCGGUCGGUGUGAACUGUCAAAUACGAAAUAAAUAUUUCUGCUUCAUUACAAAUGAGCAAAUACGAAGACUUAGUAUUCCCCUAUUGCGAAGAUGAAACAAAAUAUGAAAAACUUGCGAAAAUUGGACAGGGUACAUUCGGUGAGGUUUUUAAGGCCAAAGACAAAAAGACGAAACGACUUGUGGCCAUGAAGAAAGUGCUGAUGGAAAAUGAAAAAGAGGGAUUCCCAAUCACAGCCAUCAGAGAAAUCAAAAUCCUUCAACUUCUGAAGAAUGAGAAUGUGGUCAGUCUCAUUGAGAUCUGCCGGACAAAAGUAUCCCCCUACAACAGAUUCAAGAGUACAUUCUACCUUGUGUUUGAGUUCUGUGAACACGACCUUGCAGGCUUGUUGAGCAAUGCCAACGUCAAGUUCACCCUCGGUGAGGUCAAGAAGGUCAUGCAGCAGCUCCUCAACGGCCUCUACUUCAUCCACAGCAAUAAGAUCCUCCACCGCGACAUGAAGGCAGCCAACAUCCUCAUCACCAAAACUGGCAUCUUGAAGCUGACCGACUUCGGCCUCGCCAGAGCCUUCAGUGCCACUAAACCUGGCCAGCCCAACCGGUACACCAACAGGGUGGUCACGCUGUGGUACCGACCCCCGGAGCUGUUGCUCGGGGAGAGGAACUACGGUCCGGCCAUCGACAUGUGGGGAGCUGGUUGUAUCAUGGCGGAAAUGUGGACCCGGAGUCCGAUCAUGCAGGGGAACACAGAGCAACACCAGCUGUUGUUAAUUACCCAGCUAUGUGGGUCCAUCUCGCCCGAAGUCUGGCCAGGCGUGGAGAAGCUCGAGCUGUAUGAUAAGCUCGAGCUGCCAAAGACUCAGAAACGCAAGGUGAAGGAGAGGUUGAAGUCGUAUGUAAAGGAUCAAUAUGCCCUUGACCUUUUGGAUAAACUUAUGAACCUUGACCCCUCGAAGAGGAUUGAUAGCGAUACGUCUCUGAAUCACGACUUCUUUUGGAUGGACCCGAUGCCUGCGGACUUGAUGCCCAUGUUGUCGAGGCAUACAACAUCAAUGUUUGAGUAUCUGGCGCCGCCGAGACGCAGGGGGCCAAUUCCACAGCCACUGCCAAAUAAGCCUGUGGCUCAGACACAACACUUUGAGAGGAUAUUCUGAGAAAGGUGGACCAAGUGUUAUCUGGUGAUAGUUGGACCAAGUGUUAUCUGGUGAUAGGUGAACCAAGUGUUAUGUGGUGACAGGUGGACCAAGUGUUAUCUGGUGAUAGUUGGACCAAGUGUUAUCUGGUGAUAGGUGGACCAAGUGUUAUCUGGUGAUAGUUGGACCAAGUGUUAUCUGGUGAUAUUUGGACCAAGUGUUAUCUGAUGUUAGGUGGAUCAAGUGUUUUCUGAUGUUAGGUGGACCAAGUGUUAUCUGGUGAUAGUUGGACCAAGUGUUAUCUGGUGAUAGUUGGACCAAGUGUUAUGUGGUGAUAGUUGGACCAAGUGUUGUGUGGUGAUAGUUGGACCAAGUGUUAUGUGGUGAUAGUUGGACCAAGUGUUAUCUGGUGAUAGUUGGACCAAGUGUUAUGUGGUGAUAGUUGGACCAAGUGUUGUGUGGUGAUAGUUGGACCAAGUGUUAUCUGGUGAUAGUUGGACCAAGUGUUAUCUGGUGAUAUUUGGACCAAGUGUUAUCUGAUGUUAGGUGGAUCAAGUGUUUUCUGAUGUUAGGUGGACCGAGUGUUAUCUGGUGAUAGUUGGACCAAGUGUUAUCUGGUGAUAUUUGGACCAAGUGUUAUCUGAUGAUAGGUGGACCAAGUGUUAUCUGAUGAUAGGUGGACCAAGUGUUAUCCGAUGAUAGGUGGACCAAGUGUUAUCUGAUGAUAGAUGGACCAAGUGUUAUCUGGUGAUAGGUGGAACAAGUGUUAUGUGUGAUAGGUGGACCAAGUGUUAUCUGGUGAUAGGUGGACCAAGUGUUAUCUGAUGAUAAGUGGAGCAAGUGUUAUCUGAUGAAAGUGGAGCAAGUGUUAUCUGGUGAUAUUUGGACCAAGUGUUAUCUGGUGAUAGGUGGACUAAGUGUUAUGUGGUGAUAGGUGGACCAAGUGUUACCUGAUGAAAGUGGACCAAGUGUUAUCUGGUGAUAGGUGGAUCAAGUGUUAUCUGGUGAUAGGUGGACCAAGUGUUAUCUGAUGAAAGUGGACCAAGUGUUAUCUGGUGAUAGGUGGACCAAGUGUUAUCUGAUGAUAGGUGGACCAAGUGUUAUCUGAUGAAAGUGGAUCAAGUGUUAUCUGGUGAUAGGUGGACCAAGUGUUAUCUGAUGAAAGUGGACCAAGUGUUAUCUGAUGAUAGGUGGACCAAGUGUUAUCUGAUGAUAGGUGGAACAAGUGUUAUGUGGUGAUAGGUGGACCAAGUGUCAUCCGAUGAUAGGUGGACCAAUUGUUAUCUGAUGAUAAGUGGACCAAGUGUUAUCUGAUGAAAGUGGACCAAGUGUUAUCCGAUGAUAGGUGGACCAAAGGUUUUUCGCUUAUAUGCGGACCAAGUGUUAUCUGGUGAUAGGUGGACCAAGUGUUAUCUGAUGUUAGGUGGACCAAGUGUUAUCUGAUGACAAGUGGACCGAGUGUUAUCUGGUGAUAGGUGGACCAAGUGUUAUCUGAUGUUAGGUGGACCAAGUGUUAUCUGGUGAUAGGUGGACAAAGUGUUAUCCAAUGAUAGGUGGACAAAGUGUUAUCCAAUGAUAGGUGGACCAAGUGUUAUCUGGUGAUAGGUGGACAAAGUGUUAUUCGCUGAUAGGUGGACCAAGUGUUAUUCGCUGAUAGGUGGACCAAGUGUUAUCUGAUGUUAGGUGGACCAAGUGUUAUUCGCUGAUAGGUGGACCAAGUGUUAUUCGCUGGUAGGUGGACCAAGUGUUAUCUGGUGAUAGGUUGACAAGUGUUAUCUGGUGAUAGGUGGACCAAGUGUUAUCUGAUGUUAGGUGGACAAAGUGUUAUUCGCUGAUAGGUGGACCAAGUGUUAUCUGGUGAUAGGUGGACCAAGUGUUAUCUGAUGAAAGUGGACCAAGUGUUAUCUGAUGAUAGGUGGACCAAGUGUUAUCUGAUGAUAAGUGGACCAAGUGUUAUCUGGUGAUAGGUGGACCAAGUGUUAUCUGAUGUUAGGUGGACCAAGUGUUAUUCGCUGAUAGGUGGACCAAGUGUUAUCUGGUGAUAUUUGGACCAAGUGUUAUCUGGUGAUAUUUGGACCAAGUGUUAUAUGGUGAUAGGUGGACCAAGUGUUAUCUGGUGAUAUUUGGACCAAGUGUUAUCCAAUGAUAGGUGGACCAAGUGUUAUCUGGUGACAGGUGGACCAAGUGUUAUCUUGUGAUAGGUGGACCAAGUGUUAUAUGGUGAUAGGUGGACCAAGUCUUAUCCGAUGAUAGGUGGAACAAGUGUUAUCUGGUGAUAUUUGGACCAAGUGUCAUGUAAUGAUAGUUGGAGAUCAAAUACAUAGCUACCAGUAGCUUCUCACUCUCAUUCUAUCAUCUGGAAACUUACAACAAAGUUGUUGUUUUUCUCCAGGAAGGGUUACACUAAUCUCUGCAGAAUUUUGUCUUGGAUGAGUGGUUAUGGAGUAUGGUUACUGGAGUAUGGAUUGUCACUAGUCUCGGAGUAACGGACAAGUUGCCAUGUGCGAAGUCCUGGCUUGUACUUAUAACAUGUGUGUCGCGUGCUGAAAGACAUUGAAGUCACAUUUUUUUAGGUCUUCCAAAUAUGAAUUUGAACAUUGUUUAUGGACUGGUGAUUUGUGGGAUGGGGUGUCGUGAUAAAAUGUUAAAUGUCGCAGGGUGGGGGAGAGGGGGGAAGGUGGGGUUUAACAAAUAUAUGUUAGACGUCUUUACACUAACUCAACCGCCCCCCCCCGGCCCCAAGAGUCUUCUUGCAUGUUACAGAAGGGGGCGAGUGGUGACGAAUGACUCAGAUUAUUCCACUGGAUGGUUUCAAUUAUCUGUAUAGAAAUUUACAUAAAUCAGAGCUCAAGAUAAGCUUUUGGUGUUGUGGGUAUUUUACCCAUGCAUUUUAAAAUCAUUGGGUAUCAGUAAUUCUAUCUGGGUAUUCAAAUUU